UACACACACGCACACACACAGACACACACAUGCACACGCACACACAAAUACACACGACAGCAGCGGGAGGGAGAGAGCGCGUGGUGCCAAAUACACCCAAAAAAUAUUGUGUUCGACCAGAAGAUCGACACCAAUCGCAUAUCCGAAUCGACCUCAUUGGGAAAAUACCUUCGCUCACUUCAUUCCGCGAGCCAGAGAGUGCUGUAGAAGCCCCAUUCGUCGCUGGAAACCCAUAAAGGAGGCAUGAGGUUCAGGUUCAACGCCAAAACUGGCCGCCUGGGAUCCGUCUUCGGGGUCUCGACGCCGGCGACGAUGGCACCCCCCCGCUCCCCCCCUGAGGCGCCGGCGAUCCUCUUCCCUUCAGGCACGACCUUCUGCAAGGUGGUGACCGGGGGGGGGAGGAAGCCCUACGCUCCAGUGCCCCGGGAACUCGCCGCCAAGAUCAAGCAUUUUCAGCUCCCCAACAACCUGCCGGUGCACGUGCGAGGCGGCACCGUGGACAACGUGCUCUACGCCCUGACCGCCAUCGUCUGCGCCGUCGGGUUGGCCGAGUGCUUCAGGGUCUACUACGUGCUGUCGUACCCGCAGAAGGCCGAGGGAGACGAGUAGGGAGGGAGAAGGAGAGAAGUAGGAAGGGAGGGAGAGGGAGAGGGAUAGGGGGAAGGAGGUUAGAAGGAGGGAAGCAGAAAGGGAGGGAGAGAGAGGGUGAGGUAGGAGGGAAGAAAAAAGGAAGGUAGGGAGAGGGAGAGGGUGAGGUAGAAGGAGGGAAGUAGGAAGGGAGGGGGAGGGAGAUAGAAGGAAGGAAGAAGAAAGGAAGGUAGGGAGAGGGAGGGAGAAGGAGGGAAGUAGGAAGGGAGGAAGGGACAGGUGGAAUAGGAGGGAGGGAGAGGGAGAGAAGUAGAAUAGGGAAGAGGGGGAGGAAGAGGACGCUGGAGGUAGAUGGAAGGGGAGAAGGAGGUCGAGGAGAGAAGUAGAAAGGGAAAGAGGCAUAGAGAGAGAAGUAGGAAGGGAGUGAAAUGGAGGGAGAGGAUUAUGAAGGAAGGGAGGUAGACUAGGGAGGUAGCAGGAGAAACCAGGGAGGAAGGAGAAUAAAAAAAAAUGAGUGGAAACAAAAGGAAUAGAGGGAAAGAGAAGGAGAGUGAGGGAGAGAUCGAGGAAGGAAAGGGGAAAGAUAGAAGUAGAGGAGAAGGUAGAAGAAGGGAAAGAAUAAGUGUCGAAAAGGAAGAGAAAUGCAGUAGAAAGAAUAAGAGGAAGAGAAAAAAACACAAUAAAACAAUAGAGAAGAGGAAGUGUAAAGAUUUAUUAUGUAUAUAAUAGAUUGUAAUAUUUUCAAAAUAGGGAAAAAAUAGAGGGACUUCAUUUCUUUCAUUAUCACCAAUAUCGGUAUUAGCACUAUUGUGUUCAGUGCUAUAAUAAAUGUGUGAUCAAUGUAAACAA